AAAGUGACGCGCGGCGUUGAAAGUUUUGUGACCGUCAGUUUGGAGGGUUUUUUUUCGCUUUUUUAAGCUCGAAUUUGCCAUCGAACGCAAGGAUUCAGCAGCCAAGAUGAUCAGGGCUGGUUAAGCCGUUACUGCCGCAUUUUCGCCAAGUUUCUCGCUUAUAAGAAAACGAUGAAAAAUCGCUUCUGACGCGUCGCAAGGUGCGUUACGGACAGUCCAACACAAGCGGCAAGCGUCAUUGAAAAAAAACACUAUCGCGCGCGUAAAAUCUGGCGCCAAGCGUUACCUCUGAGCGCGAAAACUUCACCGAAGCCCUGUAGCUCUCCAGCGUCUCGGACCUUCAAAAAUUUCAUUCCCGCCCCUCUUUCGGGCCUGGAUCUUCCCUAUUCUUCAACUUCCCCUUCAGGCUCGGGCCGAAAAACAGGAAAGAAGCCGUUUAGAUGGGACUUUUGGCGGCAAAUGCGCCAACAGCGCUGCUCGGCUAUUGGCCCGCAUUGUGUUUACCCCGGCGGAGGUCAGAGAAUCCCCCUCCGGUUAUAGUUUGAACGAGACUCGCCGAGUGCUGGCACUUCCAGACCGACAGGCCUCGAGCUAAGGACGCAGAAGUCAGCUACAGAGCUGAUAUCGUAUACUCAAUUUUACUUGACUUUCCCACCGGAUAAAUUCGACAACGUUUGACAUGGCGCUGAAGGUGUCGACCAAGGAAAAUGUCCUCAGACAGUUGGAGGCUGUUUCCCUCAAGAACGUAUCUCCCAAAAAACAAUGUGUAUCUCCAACAAUUACCUACCAAAACGGAGUUAAGGCUAACAAUGAAAUAAACAAAGCUGUCAAGAAAAUUGACUUCAAAGAUACCACUCCAGCCUUUGAUCCACAAUUGGAGCCACUUCUCAAGGAAAACCCUGGAAGAUUUGUAUUGUUUCCAAUCCAAUGGCCCGACAUUUGGCACAUGUACAAAAAAGCCGAAGCUUCGUUUUGGACAGUAGAAGAAGUAGACCUUUCCAAGGACAUGGCUGACUGGAACCGCCUGAAUGACAAUGAGAGGCACUUCAUCUCGCAUGUUUUGGCAUUCUUUGCUGCCUCGGAUGGUAUUGUCAAUGAGAAUCUGGUUGAGCGUUUCAGCCAGGAAGUGCAGGUGACUGAGGCUCGCUGCUUCUAUGGCUUCCAGGUGGCCAUUGAAAACAUUCACUCUGAAAUGUACUCCCUUCUCAUUGACACCUACAUCAGUGACGCGUCACAAAGACAGUUCCUGUUCAACGCCAUCGAAACACUUCCCUGUGUCGCCAAGAAGGCGAACUGGGCCCUGAACUGGAUCAGUCACGAUAGCGCGACGUUUGCCGAACGAGUGAUUGCCUUCGCUGCAGUCGAGGGAAUCUUUUUCAGCGGCAGUUUUGCUGCCAUUUUCUGGCUGAAGAAGCGUGGUCUUAUGCCUGGACUUACCUUCAGCAAUGAACUCAUUUCUAGGGACGAGGGACUACACUGUGAUUUCGCCUGCCUAAUGUUCAAACACAUCGUUCAGAAACCAUCGGAAGAGCGGGUGAUCUCUAUCAUUAAGGAUGCCGUUACAAUUGAACAAGAAUUUUUGACCGAUGCCUUGCCCGUAGAGAUGAUCGGCAUGAACUGCAGGCUUAUGUGCCAAUACAUUGAAUUCGUUGCUGAUAGGCUACUUGGUGAAUUGGGAUGUCCAAAGGUUUACAACUCCGAAAAUCCCUUCGACUUUAUGGAACACAUCUCUUUGGAAGGAAAGACGAACUUUUUCGAGAAGAAGGUUGGAGAAUACCAAAAGUGGGGAGUCAUGCAGGACAGAACUGGAACCGAGAACAACUUCUCGCUCGAAGCGGACUUCUAAAAAUAUCUGCAAAAAAAGUAUUAAAAUAUUGCAUAACUUUAUGACACAAAAUUGAAUAACGAAAGCGUGCUCCUUUCUGAGAAAGAGUAAUCGCCGACAUCCUAAAGCUUUCGAGGCACAUAUAGUACGUAAUUCAUAUUUGUAAAUUCAUUCAUUCGCUUUUUUUAGUUUAAGUUGUAUAUUAAGAAAAUUCUGACAAAUAUUGAAUUCACUAGAGACAAAAUGUCUUAUUUGACUUAGAAUUAUUAAUUGUUUUAAAAUAACGUUAUACAGCGUAAACAGAAACUGAAUUUUUCAAAAAUAUUUUAUAUUAGAUUAUAAUAAAUAAUCUAAAAUGUUAUUUCCUAGAAAAAUAUAUUUUUCUACUCGUGUGUUACAAUUCAUGCAACGUAAUAUUGUUUUAAAAUAAUUAAUAAUUCGAUCAAUGUAAGGCAGGAAAACUAAUAUUUUAUACGAAUUCAUUGAAAUAGCCUUUUUGAAAGGGAUUCUAUACGUUCACGCAUAUAAAGAAUUUUUGUCAUGUAAAUAUACAAAAAGAUAACAAAUUCAGUUUAAGACAAAAUUCUUCAUUUUAUAAGAAGUCUCUUACAUUAGUCUCAUUCAUCUAUUUUUUGUUUAUUGAUAUAUUUAUAUUUAUACAAAAGCACGUUUAUAAUAAUAAAUAAAAAUUUUCUGAUAUUAAAAAUAAUAAUAAUAAUAAUUAUAAGUUUGUUUUUGACUUUAUAAUUUUUGUAUGAAUAUUAAUGACGAAAUAUUAUAUUUAAUAUCAGUUUUUAUUUCACAAAAUUUUUUCCAUUGUAAAAUUGUUCGAGAUGUAAGAAACUUCAGCUUGCAAGUUAAAUGGUUAUGUGCAAUCAAAACUAAAUAUAAACCUAUAAUUCAUAUCUAAGAUCUCUAUACAAACAGUUUAUUUUAUUAACUCUGGAAUCGGUACUUAAUUUCAACCGAUUUUAUUUCAAACUUUUAUAUGGUUUUAUGUUUUAUUAAUGAAAAUGUAAUAUAGUAGAAAUAUAGAAUUAAAAUGAAUAAAUA